CAUUCUUCUACGUGCGUGUGUUGCCCUGAGAUGUUCAGUUCAAAACUGUUCGAUUCAACGACUUCAAUGAAAGCGUUUGACUCAGACGAAGAGGAGGUCGAGCUGUUGGGCUCAAAGGAGCUAAGACAAUGGGCCAACCACAGCAUCCAAGAGUUGAGCAGCACUCUGGAGCAGCUCAGCCAUGAAGGCGAGGAUGUUGGACGCAGGGAUGGUCGCCACGAGAUGAUGAUGAUGGCAGAGGAAGAUGGCAUGGCUGCAAGAAGUCAAAAGACUCAGAGUGAAGCAGUUAACCAGCUGAAGAGUCUUCUGUUGAAGCAGGGCAAAGAAAUCCCUCCACCUCCUCUACCUUCAGGGAAAAAGUCUCCAGCAAAGAGAUUACAGCAGGAUUCCAGUUUGCCCUCUUCUCAGGAUUUAGUUCCCACGGUCCAAAACCAAUCACAAUACAUUCAGCAUCUGGAAGCUGAGAUCAAAUUCUGCAAGGAGGAGCUUCAGGGAAUGAAACAGCGGGUCAGAGUGGUGGUGGUGGAAAACGAGAAGCUGCAGUCCAAGCUCAAGUCCAAAAGUAGGGAGGAAUGUGUCGAACCAACAAGUCAAAACUCUACGGUGACUGAGCACAGCUCUGUUGCAGAGCAGCGUGUGCUGCAGAGGCUGGAGAGCAACACAUGGAGGAAUGAGAUGAAACAGCUGAAACUGAUCUACCAGGCCCAGAUUGAGAGCUUGGAAUGUCAGGUUCUUUCUCUCAGGAAAGAUUUGUCAGUGAGUCAGAAGGAGUGUGAGGAGGUGAAGGUUCGUCUAAGACACAAGGAAAAGCAGGCUGCAGAGGUGCUGAAGACUGAUGGAGCUCCCCGCGUGGCCGGACUGUGUCUGAACUGUGCACAGCAUGAGGCCGUGCUGGCUGAGACCCACACAAAUCUGCACGCCCAGGCCGUAGACAGGCUCACAAAGGAACGUGAUGAAUUGCUGGCAGCUAUGUGUGCUUUGCGAUCAAGUCAACAAGAGGCGCAGCAGAGAGAGUGGACAGCCUGCCUCCAGGUCAAACAGGCCAUUGAGAUGGCAGAAGAAGCUAAUCUGCAUAAAGCUAAGGUUGAGGUGCAGUGUGAGCAGCUAACUAGGGAACUUGCUCGGCACCGGGAACAGCUGACCAGAGAAGCCCAUGCGUUACAGCAGAGGUUGGCUGCAGCCAGAGAGGAAGGCCGAGUUCAGGCCCGCACUCAAAAAGAAGAGCUGACACGCACAAUCUCCAGCCUCUCUCAACGUGUCGCAGAGUUGGAAGGACAAUUGGAGAGAGCACACAGAGACAGGGCUUCACUGUCUGCAGAGCUGGACGGGGUUCUCAGCAAACUUACCAAUCAGGAACAAGAAAAUACAAAGGUUUGCGUGGAUCUUCGUCAUCAACUCAGUCAGGCCAUCCUGAAGAAAGAGGAGGCAGAGAGAGAGCUCAGACAACUCAACGCCAAAACCAGCCAACAGAUGGAAAAAGCUGCUCUGGAAGUGGAAAGGCUGAACUCAGAGCUGGUUGGCUGUCGCCAGCAUCUGGAGGUGGUCCAAAAGGAUGGGGGCCAAUGGCAGGCCGAAGCCCUGAGCCUAGCAGAACAGCUGGCAAAUGCCCAGCGCCAACUGCACCUCACCAGACAGGACAGAGAAAGUGCUGAGCGGGCUCAUGCAAAGGAAAUGGCAUCGGCAUCCGUUUCAGCGCAGAAAAGGGAGACGGAGCUGAUGGGGAUGCUGCAGCAAAGUGAGGCUCGGCGCUCCGAGAAAGCUGCAGAGACGGAUGAUCUACUAAGUGCUCAGAAUUCCCUGAUAAGGAAGCUGAAGGAGGAAUGCUGCCUACUGGGGGCCAAACUAGAAGAUGUGACUGAACAAAGCAGAAGUAAGCUGGAGCAGCUGGCCCUGGAGAAGCAGCACUUGGAGGAGACGGUGAGCAGCCUGAGAACUCGCUGCUCCAACAUGGAGGAACAGUGUGUCCAGCACGGGCGCAUGCAUCAGCGCAUGAAGGACAGGUUGCAGCAACUGGAUCAGUGCUGUCAGAGCAGCGCCCUGCAGGUGUGUGAGCUGCUGGCUAAACAGAACAAGCUAAUGCAGGAGAGAACCUUCUCAGAGCAACCAAACGUGAGACGAGCUGAAGCGGCGAGCUUGUGAGGGUCCUUGUCCAUUCCUCUGGACGUUUUGAUGGAGAUAUUUUUCUUAUUCAAAGGAAAAUGAGAACAUUUUGGGGUAAAACAAUCAACAUUUAACCUGUUUACACUGAGCCGUGGCAUGGUUUAAUUUUCCUUUUUAAAUAAAUAUUGAAACCCAUAA